AUGGUAUUCGUCCUACUGUUUUACACACCAAACAGAACAACAGCAUUGACAAUCUUCUUCGUUAUAGCAACAUCUGAGCUGUCGGCUGCAUUGCUCAGUCGAGCCCGAUCAGUUGCAAAAGAACAUGAAAAACUCCGCGACCUCCUCGGCGACAACUUUGAUACCAAAGUUGCCAAACGCAUGGGUGAACUGGCACCCGUCGCUCAAGCCGUAAAGGACUGGGACAAGACACAGGAAACCAUCACAGAACUAAAGUCCCUGAUUGACGAUCCCGAAACUGACUCCGAACUGAGAUCCCUCGCUCUCGAAGACCUGGAACAAACCAAAACCCAACUCCCAACGGUAUCCGAGAAACUCAAAUCUGCACUCAUCCCACGACACCCCUUUGCAACGCUACCAUGUCUCUUGGAAAUCCGGCCUGGCGCAGGCGGCGAUGAAGCUGGACUUUUCGCCUACGAGUUGCUGAGGAUGUAUCAGACUUUCUGCUCACGAAAGGGCAUGCGCGCAUCGAUCGUGAAGCAGGACAUGGAAGAGGCAACCUCGAACGACCGUCUGACCGAAGCGGUUGUCGAAAUCGAGACACCUGGUAGUUACGACAUUUUGAGGACGGAAAUCGGCGUCCACAGAGUCCAACGAGUGCCCGCCACAGAGGCCAAGGGCCGCACACACACCAGCGCGGUCAGCGUGAUGAUUCUACCUAGUUUCCCGGAAUCCGGCGCGAACGAGGACAAUUUGAAUUUUGAAGAUCCGAACAGUGAUUACUACGUGAAUCCGCAGGAAGUCAAGUCGGAGAAGAUGCGCGCCAGCGGCGCUGGCGGUCAACACGUUAACAAGACCGAGUCCGCGAUCCGACUCACACAUAUCCCCACAGGUCUCACGGUGUCAAUGCAAGACAGCCGCUCUCAACACACGAAUCGGAGAAAGGCCUGGCAGUUACUACGCGCCAAACUCGCCGAACGGCGGCGCGAAGCGCGAGAGGAAGAACUGGUCAAACUUCGUCGCGGCGCAAUGGGGGGAGUCGCAAGGAUGGGUCGAGGCGACAAAGUGCGCACGUAUAAUUUCAGUCAGAGUCGGUGUACGGAUCAUCGUAGUGGGAUUACGGUGCAUGAUUUGGAUAGUGUGUUGGAUGGGGGGCAUGGGCUGGAGACUGUCAUGGAUAGUGUGCGGACAUGGCUCGUUGAUCGGGACGUGCAGAUGAUGAUGCUGGAUGAGGCGGAGAAGGAGAGCGCUUCUCCUUAG